GCUGCCAGGAUCAUGAAUAAUGAGGAGACUGGCUGCUAAGAUUACUUAGGCAUGCGCUGAUUUUAUGAGAUAUUUCAUAGGAUUUAAGCGACAUUUUGGACGCGGGCAUUUGUCUGUCUUGAGAGAAGUUGCCCGGUGCUUAGGUGCUGGCAAUUGGCGACCCAAUUGUGCAUCUCCAGCUGAGAGUUCCCUCCCGCACGGGGCCCUGGCAUGCCUGGCUAGGCGCCGAGAGCGGGAACCGCCCGGGAUGGGGUGGCCACGGUCCCCACACAGCACAAUUGACAGUGCAAAUCGUCGCAUGCACUAUCCAUCCACCAGGGGGGGGGGAAAAAAUUUGUGACCUGAACAAACUGUUACCGUACCCAAAAUCUGCCCCUCCAAGAUACCCCGCGAAAACAAGGUCAGUCAGUCGACUUUCACGCAUCAAAGUCAAACAUGGCAACCACCGCCCCCAUCACGGCAGAGGCCUGCCAAUCAACCUUUGAACAAGCCGUCGCCCUCUCCCUCCACAUGUGGCCCGCCCUCUCCCUCGCCGUCCAAAACCACUGGGGCGGCCCCGACUCCGCCGACAAACGAGACUGGUUCGCCGGCGCCGUCGCCGAAAUCUUCCCAACUUUCACCAAAAUCUCCGCCGCGGGCCAAGCCAUGCCCGCCACCGCCGCCGCCGCCGCCGAGGAGCCCGAUACGGGCUACGUCGAGACCAUGCUGCUGCAGGUCAUGCUGGACGAGUUCGAGGUCAACGUCGACGACGAGACGGGCUACGACGUCGCCGAGCAGAUUGUCAAGCUGCGCGUCGAGUGCGCAAAGGGAAACUUUGCCGCCGUCGACGAGCUGCGCAACAAGUGGGAGAGCCGCAAGGGCGCUAAGGUGGAGGGGUUGUAUAAAAAGGUGGAGGCCGGCGACCAGGAUACCGAUUGGGAGGACGACGACGACAGCGAGGAGGACGAUGAAGACGACGUUGAGAUGGACGACGCGCCUCAGCUCGUGCGUGCGCCAAAGGAGAAGCAAGAACCGGAGGUCGACGAAGACGGUUUCACCACGGUCACCAAGAAGAAGAGAUAA